CAGGAAGACGAUUCUCACUUCUGAGCUUUGUGUUUAAAUUUCAACACAAAAUCGUCCAGAGUUCUGCUAAAUAUGUUUACGUUCUUGUUGCAUGACGUCGUCAACAAUGUAGCUGCGUGAACCGGAAGCCGAUGUUGCCGAAUCUUUCCUCUCGAGUCCGCUAAAAGAAAACAACAGUAUUGAGCUCAUCGCGCGGAACUGUCUGUCCGUUAAUGGCUGCAAAAUGGUCCCAGUACCGGACAGAUUCCGCAGCGUGGCGAUCUGGCUGUUAAUCUCCGCGAUCGCGCGUCUGUCACACGGAGAUGAAGCGGAGCUCCCUGAUCAGGCGGAUCCGCCGCAGAGGCGCUUCAGGACGGCGGAGAUGGCCGACGCGGUGAUGGGAGUCCCUCAGUCCGCGGGACUGGAGCCUCUGGCGGGGGACGAGUGCGCUGGAGGCCGCUGUGAGGAAGCGCUUUUGUCCGCCGUCAUCCACAGCGACUCCGGCGACACCGAGAGCCAGAACUUCACCGUGACCGAGACCGAGCCCGCCAAGACCUACAAAGUCAACUGCGAGCGGAGGAACAUCACGGGGAUCGAGCGCUUCACGGUGCAGCUGCUCAACGCCUCUCAGGACCUGAUGGACCUGCUGAAUGCCAACAGCUCCGAGUGCUCACUGGUUCUCUUUUACACCACGUGGUGUCAGUUUUCUGCAAACCUCGCGCCGCACUUCAACGCCCUGCCUCGAGUGUUUCCCAGCAUGCACUUCCUGGCUCUGGACGCGUCCCAGCACAGCAGGUUGAUCAGUGACGUUCCCUCAGCGCAGUCCGGCUCCUUGAGGAUGCUUCUGUGUUCAUCAGCUGCAUUUCUCUCUCGCUCUUUUCACAGUCUCUCCACGCGCUUCGGGACCGUGGCCGUCCCUAACAUACUCUUGUUUCAAGGAGCCAAACCCAUGGCCAGGUUCAACCAGACGGACCGAACGCUGGAGACCCUGACCUCCUUCAUAACGAACCAGACAGGUUUUGAAGCGAGUCCAGAUCAGAUGGUACGGGAUGAAGACCGCGUCGGACCUCUGCCUGCGGUUCCUGUCAAAAGCAUCGACUGGCUCUUUGUGUUUUCGGUGCUGUUCAUCUCCAGCUUCACUCUGUAUGCCAUCCUCUGCACAGACAGCAUUCGCUGGCUCAUCCCCGGACCGGACCACGAGCAUCAGGACUAGAGUCUGCUGAGGGAAUAAAGGAGUAUAUGAAUGUAUUGUUGUGUUCUUGUUUAGUUGUGUUCUGUUAAAGCCGUUCACCUGGUUGGGAUGCUCUUGAACGCACAUCUUUAGAUGAACAGGUCUGGGUUCCUUCAGGAAUCUCCAGAGUCUGACGGAUGCUGCUCCUGUGCUGUAGAUCUAGCACGCGUGUAAUACUCACAGCCCAUCAGCUGAAAUACUGGAGCAGCGCUCGGCGGAGGAAACCGUGGGACAGUAGUGUUGGCAUACUUCUGUUUACAUACUAGUAUGUAGUGCACUAGCACUCCAUUGAGAACACAGCCCAGGACUGGGGAUGGUAAAGUCACUGAAGAAUGCUUCCAAUCACACACAAUCCUUUACACAUUGCAAUUCAUGAAAUAAAAGCUGGUAGAAAAUAA